GAAUUAGCAAGAAUAACAGGUUCUGCUCACGCCUGUUUAUUUUGUUCGUGCCUCCUUAUUGUAAUAAACAUCGUGCCAUAUGCAGUUAACCUUUUUACAUGCUCGAAAUCCUAAGACAGUAUUCAUCCGUGCUGGGCUUGUAAUUAUUAUUCUUUAUACCAAUUGCGUAGCGUGCGCUCAGUUCAUGACCGGGAAGGAUUUGUGUGCAAGCUUCGGGGUGCUAAUUACGGGAUGCCGAUUAUUAAAAUAUUACACCAGCCAUGAUGAGCCUAUACAGCGCUACUCAGCCAGGUUGUUUCCUGCGGAGUGAAAAAAGAAAAGUUCCUAACGCUAACAGGAAGCCAGCCUGAUUAGCGCUGCCGCAACAGCAGCGGGAGGGAGGUGCUUUUGACGCCAUUCACUCACAAACAACCCACGGCCACGACUAAUUUAAUGCGCACCCAGGAAGCCGCUAAACGGGAUGUAUGCCGACGACGGAAAAGCGUGAAAAAAUGUUGUCGGAAGUGUAUGCAGUAAUCAGGUGUAUGCACUUGCCUUGGUCUCCAGGGAAAAGAAGUAAAAGCUAAACUUUGUAAAAUGUUAUCGUAUGGAAUUUUGACUGUCACAAGCAUACCGCGCUACUGAAUCAAUCGCGUGUUUCUACGGUAGUAAUUAUAAAGUGACCUUUACUUACCAUGCCCACUACAAACUGCCUCAUCGUUACGACUUUGUUUUGCGUAAACGCUGUUAACAUGACCGACGCGCAGCGCGUAAAAGUGGUGUCGAUCAGCGUGGGAAACGCGUCGGACCUCGGCAAUCCGCCGGUGGUGUCGUCCAUCGCAGUGGCGCUUGAGCUGCUUAGCGAACGCUAUCCCGAGGUGCUGGCCAACUAUACUUAUCACUAUGCAGCGCUGCGGGGACAGACCGGGUGUGCGGAUGGACUAACCAGCGGCGAAAACGCCGAGAUCGGUCUGGCGUAUUUGUAUCGAGACGGGCACUUCUUCAACAAUGGACCAACCAUCAUACUUGCUUCCGCUUGCGUUCAAACUUUCCAAUCUGUGGCUAACUACGCGGGAGAACUGGGCAUGUUGGCUUUGGGAUUCACCACGGCGGAUCCGAGCCAUGCCAACAAAACCCGCUUCCCCACACUUCUGUCGUUCACGACGGCCACGCCGCAAAUCUACGCCAGCAAACUGUUAGCGGUGUUGGACAUGUUUAACUGGCGCUCCAUCGCCAUCGUCCUGGACAAGUGCUCUGCCCAUGCAACCACGGGAUACAGCGUCCGUGUUCGCCGCGAGUGUCAGGGCGUGUCGGCCCUGCUUCAAGAGCGGAAGGACAUCAAGUACAUCCAGAUCGAUACCGACUCCAACGGGGCGGAUGCCAACUGGGCUACGGCAGCGCUACUAGCGGCUAGCAACUUCAGUCGUAUCAUUUUGGCCUGCACACUGGGACCAGCACAGAACCAGCUAGCGGUGACAGCGUCCGAUCUUGGCAUGACGAACGGACAGUACGUGUUCAUCCAUCUGUAUGAAACCGACGUGCCACAGGAAUACCCGCUCAGCUGUCGCGAAGCAGAUGGUUCAUAUAACAAGAAACUGUGCGCCGCCUUUGCGCAUUACUUGAUGGUGCGAUCCGAUCCGGUGGACUGGAGCAAGUUGGUCGAUUACACCGACCGGGUGAAAGCGCGCUGGAACAGCUGGUUUUACCCGCCCACCACCAACGGCAUCUUGGGUUCCGAGUUUAUGGCCAUCAUUUUCGAAGCCUUGGAAGCAGUCGCCCAGGUUUUGGAGGAAGUACGCGAAAGGAACAGCACAGAGCCGGUUCGCGGUCAGCAGAUCGCCGGGCUGAUGUUCAAUCGCCUCUUCAAUCUGACAUCGCGCAGUGUAAAGCUGACAGAAGUGGGCACACGCGUGGUGACCACGCACAUUCAGGUCUUCAGUCGCAAAACGCGGAGCUUCCAGAGCAUUUUCGUAUCGGAUUCCGGCCGUGAUACUCUUACAAGGAUCGCCGGUGUGGAGUUUCCCUGGGGCGGCCAGAGUCCGCCUUUGGACAGGCCUCUAUGUGGCAUUCACAAUGAGCUCUGCUUGUCUGACAAUACGGCUUUUCUCCUGUCGGUCAGCUUAGGCGUCGGUUGUCCCGUCAUGUUCCUUCUAAUUAUUCUCAUAUUUCUCGAAAGGCGCCGUCGAAUGGCCCACGCCUACGAAAAGUGGCUGAUCAAAGAUGAUGGCAAGGGUCAGUCGGCUAUCGGCGGAGAGCGGGGUGAGGCCGGUUCGAUUCACGACCAAAGUGAAAAGUCAACGGUGAAAUUGCUGCAAACGGGCAAACGCACGAUGCAUGUGCGCGGUAUCCGCGUAGUGUGUUGCGUGCCGGGGCGCGACGAGACCAUGGCUAUGGAUAAAAUCCGUCCGAUCCUUGACUCUCCUGCUGACAAACAGUCAGGCAGCCGGCUCCUGUGGCUCUGUAACACCGUCGGCGGUGCGGAACUGUCGCAAGUGUUGACCAAUAUUACAAAUCUUCAGCAUCCGAAUAUCAACGCACUCGUUGGUUUAUCCUUGCACAGCCGGCCUCCCUUCAUCUGUCAAACGCACCGGGAACGCGGAUCCUUGCUGGACCUGUGGCAAGGCGGUCAAGCCAACAUCGACUGGAAUUUAAAAACUUCCCUCAUCUCCGACCUUGUCGAAGGCCUGGGUGCAAUUCACCGCUCAUCGCUGAAACUGCACGGCAACCUGAAAGCGAGCAAAUGCGUUAUCGACAGCCGCUUCUGUCUGCGCAUCGACGAUCUGGGCCACGAAGAGGUCAUGUCGGUGAUUAUGCGCGCAAAGCUCGAUGUGCCACUCAACCGCUAUUCCGCGCCCGAACUAUACGAUGGCUUACCAGCCACUCCGGCCAGUGACGUAUUCGCUUUGGCUGUCAUUGCCGGUCAGUUGUUGUCCGAUUCCUACGCCGCCGAUUCGCGCAUGCGCAGCCGAACAUCCACAUUAAUGGCGGCGGAUCGUCCUAAGCAUAGGCGCAGCAGCCGAGGAAACAUCGGUGUCCAUGAGCUGAAUGAGUCCACUGGGGAGAAAGAGAGCUUGCAGAAGAUUCUGAAUGACUGCCUGCAUCGUGAAGCGACGCUGCGUCCAUCCAUCUCCAAGGUACGCUCUGCACUGCGCCCGGUCGUUGGCAAAGAAAGCCUCUUGGACAGCCUGCUGCAUCGGCUGCGCAACCACACCGACACUCUGGAAGUUCUUGUCUACAACCGCCAGCAAGAACUGCUGCUAGAGCAACGCCGCUGUGAGGAUCUGCUCAACGAAAUGCUACCCAAAGAAAUUGUCCAUCAGCUGCGCAUGGGAAGGGAAAUCCCACCCGAAUCCUUCCAGUCGGUGACCAUCUACUUUAGCUAUAUUAGCUACUUCGCGCAGUUCGUCGCCGACUCGCAACCGCUGCAGGUUAUCAGCUUCCUCGAUCUGCUCUUUUCCCGCUUCGACAAGGCCUUGGUGAACUACAGCGUAUGCAAAAUUGAGGCGACGGGCGACAACUACAUGGUGGGAAGUGGCUUGCCGGCUCGCAACGGCAGCGUCCACGCCAGAGAGAUUUGCCGGUUGUCCUUUGCGCUGCAGACGUGCUUCGAGACGCUGUUAGCCGACGCCACUCACUCCGCGCAGAUGGGACUACAGGCCGGAGCCCACACCGGCCCCGUGGUGGCCGGCAUCAUCGGCAGUAAACGGCCAAGAUACUGUUUAUUCGGCGACACCGUUAAUACCGCGUCGCGAAUGUCCAGCCACAGCCAACCCUCGCGCACGCAUCUCAGCCCGGAAACAGCGCAGCUAGCACAGUUUUAUGGUUUCGCUGUACAGGACCGCGGCAUCAUCAAUAUUAAAGGGAAAGGCGAUAUCCGCACCUACUGGCUGCUCUCUUCAGCGUCACAAAACUGAUUUAACAUUCGGUUUCUAUGACCGAUUCAUAGUAGUUCAAAAUUCAAAUUUGUUCGUUUUGAAAUCCACCAACAAGAGCUUAUUGGCAACAGAUCGUGAAGUCUCAAUAUCAUCCGCUCUGGCGGUAUUAAUUGACUGCUAUCUGCAUGCGAUAAUCGCCCAGUAAGCCAAAUUGUCGGUGCUUACUGUUCAUUGUUACGUAGAUGA